UAUAAGGUCUAAAACCAUAAACUAGAACAAAAUCAACUGUAUUAUAAACGAUUAUGCCCGCGGAGUACUUGACCCACGCGUAGAAACGUUACUUAAGUACUCACACAAGACUCAACCGCGUGGAGGUAAAAAAACGAUUACCAGAUUAAUUUGUUCGAUGAUUGUUUACAUAUCGUGAGUAAAACAAUGCAAACUAGCAUUUGUCACAUUUAAACUUCAUUAAACAAUGGCAACAUGAAAGUAAUUGUAUCAACCAAAUUGGCGGAGAUAAUGAUAAUUUGCUCAACAUACCAGACGAUGUUUUGGUUAGUAUCACUCAGCUUGUCAUAACUGGACAGAAACAUUGAAGAAGGAAGACGUAUGUUGUUAUACUCGGGUUAUCUUCUUUAAAAGGAAAGACUUACAUCAUAGGCCUACCAUUAGUUUCAGCCUAUAAUAGAAGAUCAGAGAGUGUUCUAGCGAAGCCAGAGUUGGACUCAUCGAACCGCCGAUUACAUUGAAUUGCACAACCAGAUCGUCUUAAUGGAAAACUUAAAUGAAACAGAUUUUUUAGACUAUUGUGCUGAGAAUAACUGGACACUAAUGAACUUGUCGACUCCUUCUGCCGCCGAGAGGUUGAUCUAUACCGAUGCAGAUUUCGUCAUCACUGCCAUCAUCAUGCCGAUACUUUUAGUACUCGGUUGGAUCACCAACGGAGCGUUUCUAUUCGUAGUAUAUCGCGUCAAAUAUAUGCACACGAUAACAAACCUCUACCUUGUCAAUCUGUCUAUAAGCGACGUCGUAUUUCUGAGCUUUGCUAUAGGAGAUAAACUAUGGAGAUACGCAACCUCCGAUGUGUACAUGGACAAUGUUGCAAAAGAGUUUGUGGAUAUAUGUAUGAUGUAUCUGUUCAAAAACAUCGCUUAUUUUACAGGCCAGUUUCUGAUAAGCCUAGUUGCCCUAGACCGUUAUAAUGCUGUGUGCAGGCCGCUUCAACAAUAUAAGGUGAACAGCCUCACCCGAGCGGUCUCUUUGAUCGUUUCUACCUGGUGUUUUGCUCUAGUUCUGGCUGCAUCCAUGACACCUGGGUACAUGGACCGAAAGACCAAGUGCAUACUUUGGCCAGACGAUGAAAUGUACGACCACUACCCUGACACGUAUGUUUACUUCGCUCCAAUUUCAAAUGCGGCAAAAGUUUACGCGGAAAUUAUUCAAACCGUACCGUUUUUUAUUAACAUGAUAUUCGAAACAGUACUGUAUGUUCUGAUAAUAUGUACCUUGCAUUCGAGAGUGACAUCGCGCGUAAGUAAUGGCAUUACUGGUGGAAAGCUCACGGAAAUCCGAAAUCAAGUAACGCGAAUGUUGAUUAUAAACGGCGUAGUGUAUAUUCUUCUGUCAUCGCCGUUCCAAGUAUAUUCCUUGAUGAGUGUUCUUAGCACGUUUCGAGAUCCAAAACUUUCUCGGCCUCAACUGAAUCUAUUUUUACAUAUCGCGCGUGUGCUUGUAUAUACAAACUCCGUUGUGAACCCGAUUAUAUAUAACUUAUCGAGUCACCGGUAUCGAAAAGCGUUUGUCAGAGCGUUUAGCUGCAAAGGUUCAAAAUCCUCCUGGGCUUCGUUCUGUAUGACCGAUACGACCCGCAGACAAAGAGCUGGAACUACUGCUACUACUACCAGCACCACCAGUUCUACGAUUGUAAAGAGCGUCACACGAAAAACUAAAAUGAAGCCAAAUUCUUUAAUUGGCAAUGGUGAGAGUACGUAUUUGUAAACUUCCAAAUGACGUAUCUAGGGGGAAUGCGUCGUAUCUAGGGGGAAUGCGUCGUAUCUAGGGGGAACGCAUCCCCCUAAAGAAAAAUACUCAUGCCAAACCCCCUACCCUUUUGAAAUUGAAAAUAUUCGAAACAAAAAAUAACGCUCAAGCACAUGUAUACAAAUCACCUUAUUUUGUUAGCUACUCCCCCACCUAAUCAUCAAGUUCUCCCACCCCCAAUUCACCUUCGCGCAUCCCAUCACUUCUCCCUAUUCCAAGACCCCUGGAUAGGCCUACGCCACUGCAAGACAACAUUAAUUCCUGCUACCACCGCAUAUCUGAAAACAGGUUGAUUAAAUAAUUAAUGCUCAUUUCAUUCAAAUUCAUUAUGCUCUUUCUUAUUUUCAAGCCUCAAUGGUGUGUACUUUUAGGAUAAUGGACCUUUCCGCUAAGCCCCGCCCAUUGGAUAUUGUUGCUAAGGUCCCACCCAAACACGUGCGUUUGUAGGACAACACGUGUGUUUGUGAGACGCGCGCGUAUUCCUAGCGUUGUUCUGAUUAGUCAGUUGUUAAGUUUGAUUGACACUCUGGGAAGGUCUAUUGCAGCUGAAGCGAUAUAAUUUGCAUGUACAAUUCAUAUUUUAGAGGAAAGCCAAUUCUCCCUAUAGGCCUAAUAUAUAUGAUCUCUUUAAUAAUGUUUGAUAUAAUUUAUGUGCAUAGUUAAAUAUUUUCGAUAAUUUUUAUAAUAAGCCUAUAUCCAGAGAGCAUGACUGCUUCCUGUUUUAUAAUGUCUCUUUUUCGCUAACAACUGUUUAAUAAUAAGUCCGGCAUACACUCAUUUCCUUCUUGUAAAUAUAAAUAAUACGUAAUUAAAUGUGCAUAGUUGUAAGUCUUCGAUAAUUUUUAUAUUAGCCUAUUAUACUGUCUAUGUUUCGCUAACAAAAUUUAAGUUGCAUAUUCAUAAUUAUUAAAAAUUAUAAGAAUAUUAGAACGAACAAACAUAGAAUUAUUUCUUUAGACGCAUAGAGAAUACGGUACUGUUUUUAA